CUAACUUUUCAAAAAAGCAGUUUUUUUUUAUAUUUAAAAAAGUUACCGUGUCGCUUCUUGUUUUGAUCAUUUUCGACACAUGAUUCGGCCUUGAAAGCCUCAUAAUUUGGCUUUAUUCUAAUUCAAUUCACCUUUGUGGCAUUGUUUGUUUUUUACACCCCGUUGGACAGCCAUUGUUCGACCCAGUUUGACUCAAGAUUGGAGUUGUUUGACUCGUGGUUCGAUUUUGUUUGGUUUCAUUGAAGCCUUGCGCAACCAAUUCCUGGAUAUUGUUUACUCUGCAAACUGUUAAAAUUUCAAGUAAAUGGAAACUCCCGAUUUGUAAGGUCAUGCAUAAGUCGAGAAUACAAGUUUUGUUUUAUUUUCGGAUAGUUUUCGUUAAUCUGUCAAUAACAAUAUUUACUUUUUGCCCAUUGCAGUCGAGACUUGAUAUACUGAACAUUCGACGCCUUUUCUUUGCUGAAAUAUAAUUGCUCUUUUCGAGAGUACCAAUUUCAGAUCGCUUCGAUUUUCGCCCAAUUUGGGAAAAAAAUCAAUUUUGAAGUUUUCUCUCAAAAACUGAUAAUUUCACCUUUUUUCAUUCGCUAUGUUCAAGUUGAUUUCAAUUCUGAACACUGCGUUCGUUUUUCUGCAAAUAACUAAAAGCUAUGCAAGUCUUGGUACUGAAUCAACUAGCGAGAUUGUACUUUCUCAGGAACAAAUCGACGAGUUCAAUGCAGGAGAUGAAAACACCAGGGCUUUGGUGAUGACUCAGGUGAACUUGAUUUUCCAGAGUCAGCUUAAUCAGACAGGGGCUUCAAACAUUCCAGUGACUGAAAGUGACUUCAACACAAUGGAAACGAGUAUUCCGGACUUCACUCUCAAGACUACCCAUUGUUCAGUUAAAACACCAAUGAAAAUCAACAUUAAGCAAGCAACAAUGGAUGGCUCUUUCCUGCCAGCGCAUUUCACUACAGGAAGUGAGGAUUGUGACACUGAUGGAAACAGUUUCCUUAAAGCUUGCCUGAACAGCAAUGCCUCCUUUCAAUGUUCGGCACAGGCAGUGUUUGGCCAGUAUAUCUUUUGGAAUCACAAUUGCGACUUUGUUUGGGAAACAACUGCUCAUAUUGACAGUUUGAAAUGGAGUGGUUUGAUGGAAUUGAAAGCAGCAAUCAGUGCCAUCGAUCCAAAAAUUGUACCUAUUGACAAUCAACCAGAACUUCAGUUUGGCUUCAACCUCACACUCUCAUUCAAACCAAAAAACUGGGUGAUUGAUGAAGUAUCAGUGUCACAAUGUGAUAUCAUGCUCGUCGGUCUGAAAAUUGGCUCCUAUUGUGGCACCGUUGCAAGUAUAGUUGAAGAAAAUUUCCAACCAGUCCUCGACAAAUGGAGCAAUUUUGAAGCUGAUACAAUGAUCACAAUUCUGGAGCAGGCGACUAACAAAAAGGUGGGUGACCCAGUUUCAAUUCCAGUGAGGGUAGUGAAUGAAUGACGUGACAGCAAACACGAGACUGCAGGAGUCGAGUUCGAUCAGUUUGAGAGUUAGGACUGAACUGAACGCGACAAUGGCUAAGAGGAACAUAUUUGAAAUAUCAAAAAAUGUAUAUUUAAUCUAUGUUGUAUUCAAGAUAUAUGUUACCUUUUAGAAUCAUCUGAAAACAUUUUAUUA